UGUUGAGUUAUUGUAAAGUCAAAAAGUAAUUGUUUUUCAGAAAGACAUGGAUUUCUCUCCCAUACAGAUCUACAAACCUGGAGCAGAUGAAGAAAAGGCUGAAACUGCGCGAUUGUCUUCUUUUAUCGGAGCGAUCACGAUUGGGGAUCUGAUCAAGAGCACUCUUGGACCAAAGGGGAUGGACAAGAUACUUCUGGCACCUAACAGGUCAGGCACUGAUAGCACUGUUUCUGUGACGAAUGACGGAGCCACAAUUCUCAAAUCAGUCGGUGUCGACAACCCUGCUGCUAAGGUUCUUGUAGAUAUGUCUAAAGUCCAAGACGACGAAGUCGGAGACGGAACCACAUCUGUCACAGUGCUCGCUUCUGAGCUCCUCCGAGAGGCCGAGAAGCUAAUCGCCCAGAAGAUUCAUCCUCAGACCAUCAUAGCUGGAUGGAGAAAGGCGUGUGACGCUGCCAGGCAAGCUCUGGAAGCUGCUACUUCAGACAAUGCAAAUAACGACGAGGCUUUCAGGAAAGAUCUGUUAAACAUCGCUAGAACAACCCUAAGUUCUAAAUUGUUGACUCACUUCAAAGAUCAUUUUGCGAACUUGGCCGUUGAUGCUGUAAUGCGUCUUAAGAAGCGCAAUAGCGAUUUGGAGAGCAUUCAGAUUAUUAAGAAGUUGGGUGGCCGAUUGGAGGAUUCUUUCCUAGAUGAAGGGUUCAUUCUUGAGAAGAGCAUCGGAGUGGGGCAGCCGAAGCGACUUGAGAAUGCGAAGGUGCUGCUGGCCAACACGCCCAUGGACACAGACAAGAUCAAAGUGUUCGGGAGCAGAGUGAGAGUGGACUCAGUGGCCAAAGUGGCCCAGAUAGAAGUGGCCGAGAAGGAGAAGAUGAAGGAGAAAGUGCAGGCCAUACUUAAACAUGAUAUCAACUGCUUCAUUAACAGACAGCUGAUCUACAAUUAUCCUGAGCAAUUGUUUGCUGAUGCUGGAGUCACAGCGAUAGAACACGCAGACUUCGAGGGAAUCGAACGUCUAGCGCUAGUACUGGGCGGUGAAAUAGUGUCCACUUUCUGGAGUCCGGGUCACGUGAAACUAGGCCAGUGUGACCUAAUCAGUGAGGUGAUGAUUGGCGAAGACCGCAUGAUCAAGUUCUCGGGUUGCAAGGGCAACGAGGCCUGCACAGUCAUUCUGAGAGGAGCCACCCAGCAGAUCCUAGAUGAGUCCGAGAGAUCCCUGCAUGAUGCACUCUGUGUGUUGAGGCAAACAGUAAAGGAGACAAAAAUCGUCUACGGAGGAGGAUGCUCUGAGAUGCUGAUGGCGACUGCAGUCCGCAAAUUGGCCGAGAGCACUCCUGGAAAAGAAUCGAUCGCAAUGGAGUCAUUUGCGAAAGCACUGGCCAUGCUUCCAACCAUUAUAGCCGACAACGCGGGAUACGACAGUGCAGAUCUGGUGUCACAAUUGAGAGCUCAACACACAGAUGCCAAAAAUGGAAGAUGCACUGCUGGACUGGACAUGGAGUUGGGGGAGAUAGGAGACAUGGUCCAGUUGGGCAUCACUGAGUCAUUCAGUGUGAAGAGACAGAUGCUGUUAAGUGCAGCUGAGGCAGCCGAGAUGAUCCUCAGAGUCGAUGACAUCAUCAAGUGUGCCCCCAGGCAGCGAAGAAACGAUGAAUGUAUGUAAUAAAGAGGAAUAAAACGCAACAAUACUAGCUAUGGGGUCAUUUGAACAACAAGCAUUGCAUCCGAUGCCUUCCGAUAGUCAGCCACAGUUCAGCUAGGAUGAAAUUGAUAAUGUGUGAAUAUGAAGUAUAUACCCUUUAAAUGCCAAGUUGACUGCUAAUUUGAGCUGUGAUGAAUUAUUGAUAAAGUGUAUGAUCAUUGUACAUUGCGUGUUAAAAUGAUUGAGGCUGGUUCUUGAAUUGAAUCUGAUCAGAA